GUUCCAGCUAGGUCGAAGCCGGCCCCUGCAGCGCAACAAUUUCCGACGGUAGUAUCAGUGCCAGCUGACGAACAACGUUCAGCACCGGCGCCGCCUAAACCUGCUGCCAAGCCUGUCAAAGACGAUCUGCCCGACGUCUACGAUGAUGAACUGACUCUAGUCAUUACGAAGAAAAAAGCUGAACUGCCGGGUUUCAUUGUGCUGCUAAAUAAAGCUCUUGUUCAGCAGGUCUUAAAAGCCACAGCCAUCACCAAUGAGAUGCGAAUUCGCUUCCAGCAGUCUUUCGAAGUUGCUUUGGCUGCUCCAAGGUUUUUUCUCUCUUUUUCUGGUUUUUCUGGUUGA